AUGGAGAAGACAGAAGCAGAUGGCCAGCCACUCAAACCCGACGGGGACAGGGAGCAGCCCCGCAGCCUCCCCUACUCCCUGGAGACACCCUACGGCUUCCACUUGGACCUGGACUUCCUGAAGUACGUGGAUGACAUCGAGAAAGGCAACACCAUCAGGAGGGUCCACAUCCACCGCAGAGCCAAGCAGCCCAAAUUCAGCACCCUGCCCCGAAACUUCAGCCUGCCCGAGAACGGCUCCCGCCCCUGCUCCACCGCCGCUCCCAGCAAGAGCUGGACCUCGACCUGCUCCUUCCCGCAGAGAAAAGCAUCCCUGGGAGAGGAGACCCCCCGAGCCCUGCUGCCCGCCGAGGCAGCUCCCGAGGAGCCGAGCUACCGGAGGAGAGCGCUGCUGGCGGAGACGCGGCGGGAUGCGGAGCCGGGCUGGCCGAGGGAUGGAGAGCCGGGCUGGCCGAGGGAUGCGGAGCCGGGCUGGCCGAGGGAUGCGGAGCCGGGCUGGCCGAGGGAUGCGGAGCUGGGACGGCCGCGGGAUGCGCUGCGGGCGCGGCCGCAGCUGCUGCGAGCCUCCAGCAUGCCCGAUGCGCUUCCCCCCGGCCAGAGCCCCCCGGCCGGAGCCUCGCCCCUCCGGAGCCCUCCGCAGCACUGCCGAGAGCAGGGCAGCUCGGACAGCGGCGCCGUGACCCCGCCGCGGGAGAUGGGCUCGGAACAGGACGGAUCCUUAGGGCAUCCCGGCGGGGUUGUGCCGGGGCUGGGCCCCGUGCAGCCCCCCUGGCUGAACCAGCAGCUGCAGGUGGUGAUGGAGAGCGGGGUCGAGGAGGGCGAUGCCGCCGACGGCGGCUCCGAGGUGGCCAGGGGUGAAGCAGCGCCGCCGGCUGCCCUCCAGCUGGCAGAGGAGAACGGGAACCCUGAGGGUGUGAGCGAGAUGGAUCUGAACGUGCUGAAGGAAGGCGAGGAGAGGAAUGUGCAGGCUGGAGGGGACAAGGAGAGCGGUGUUCCCCAGGUUGCUGACGCUGGUGUCACGGCGCUGAAGCAGCAGAUCGCUCACCUGGAGGAGCAGCUGGCCAAGAAGAAGGAGGAGCUCGAGCAGGUCAGGGCAGUGCUGGAGCAGCAGGACCGUGAGAUCCAGGAGAAGGAGAAGAGCAUUAAGCUGCUGGCCAGCUCCAAAGCUCAGCUGGAAGAGCAGCUGUGCCAGGAGAAGUGCAAAGAGGCUGAGCUGCGGCGGGGCAGGGGGGCCCCGCAGUGCCUGGAUGCUGCUGUGAACACCGAGCUCUCCCAGCUGGCAGGGGUCAGGCAGGCCCAGGACAAAGCCAUCAACGUCAAUAUCCCCCUCCCCAGCAGAUCCAUCGGCUGCGGCGCGCACGGGGCAGACAGCAUCAGUGCACAGGGCAGGGAGAUGGGUGCCUGCAGGGAGCAGGGACUGGCUCGGGCACAGGGACAUCCCGGUGAAGCCAGCGUGGAGCCUGUUCCUGCUCCGUGCUUCACCCAGCUGCAGAUCCACGAGCGCCCCGGCGACCACAACCGGAACCACCAGAACUCCCUCGGCCUAAAUGCAGCCGAAAGCAAAGCAGGCUCUGGAGAAGAGAAACCUCGGGAAGGUGCCCCUGGCCACGAGGACCUCCCGGCUGUCGACCCCAUCGGGCAAUAUGUGAAAAAGAUCCAGGAGCUCCUGCAGGAGCAGUGGCUGUGUUUGGAGCAUGGGUACCCCGAGCUGGCCAGCGCUAUCAAGCAGCCAGCCUCCAAGCUCAGCUCCAUCCAGAACCAAUUAGUUAAUUCCCUCAACUCCCUGCUCUCUGCCUACUCCUCACAAGGGCCUGUGGAUAAGGAGAAUUCCAACACACACUAUCAACAGUUGGAAAACUCUCCAACCACAAGUCUUAAAUCCAUCAUGAAAAAGAAAGGUUAUGGUUUUCAUGCAGGAGGCAAUGGGACCAAAAAGAAUCUCCAGUUUGUUGGGGUAAAUGGUGGCUACGAGACAACCUCAAGUGAAGACACGAGCUGUGAGGACAGCGCGUCGGACGGCAACACCGACACCGAGACCGAGGACAGAGCUGGGGACGUGGAGCCCGAGCAGGCUGGAAGGGAAAGCAAAGGGGCUUCCUCGGGGGAGAAGCCUGAGGAUGAUGAUGAGCAGGAGGAAUCAGCAGGAGCAGCACCCUGCUCUCAGCACCAGGCUCACAGAUGCAAACCCUCUGAAGAUUUCCUUGCCGCCUGCCAGCUCCUCAGUGAACACCUCCCAGAAAUCAGAAGCACAAGCAACAAACAUCUGCAGCACGUGCUCGGCUCCAUCUCCCAGGAGUGGUUCCAGGUGUCCAGCCACAAGUCUUCCAGCCCAGAGGUGGUGGCAGCAUACCUGGAGGUGCUGGGGGACAUCCAGCCCCAGCUCCUGGAGACUGUGGUGAACCUGCCUGACAGGAAUGGCAACACUGCCCUGCACUACAGCGUGUCCCACUCCAACUUCCCGGUGGCAAAGCUCCUGCUGGACACAGGCAUGUGCUGCCUGGACCUGCAGAACCGUGCUGGCUACACGGCUGUGAUGCUCACACCUCUGGCAGUCCCUGAAACUCUCCAGGACAUGGAGGUGGUGAUGAGGCUGCUGAAGGAGGGGGAUGUCAACCUGAGAGCUGCCCAGGGAGGACAGACUGCACUGAUGCUGGGGGUCAGCCACGACAGGGACGACAUGGUGAGAGCCCUGCUGUCCUGCCAGGCCGAUGUCAACCUGCAGGACGAAGAGGGGACCACGGCACUGAUGGUGGCCUGUCGCCAGGGCAACGCUGACAUCGUCAGGCUGCUGCUAGCCCAGCCUGGCUGCCAGGUCACUCUGACCGACAAGGGAGGGAACUCAGCACUGUCACUGGCCCACGGGGACAUCGCCGCGCUCCUGCGAGCCCACGUCGAGCUCAGCCCAUCCCUGUCGGUGUGA